AAAUUAAACUAAAGCAUGGCUUUGAGAAUCACCCGAAAUCGCGGGAAACGCGUCCUGUUCCUGGUCAGAGACCCGUGAGGUUGAGUUGCAAAUUCUACAUAUUAAGCAGGGUUAUUGUUUAUGGGACAUUGAAUUACUUUUUUUGGUAGCUCACGCGUAGUACGCGUCGACUUCUGUGUGCUCAGGAAAAGUACCUGCUGUCCCUUGAAGAAAUAAAGUAACCCUUGAAAAUCGGCCAUCGCGGCUAUUUUCAGCGAUAAUGAAAAUUGUUUUCUGUACGCGAGCCCUUUGUAUUCAGUUUCUAAAGUUUAUAUUGUGCUAAUUGGUGAAGAAAUACAUACAAUUUAAGAGUGUCGAAUAACUAUUGUCCCUGAUUAGCGAAAAUGCUGAAUUAGGUGAGAAAUGAUGACCACUAUAAACAGAGUAAGCAGCAAGGUGGACAUAACUGUUGACUCAGAAUUUGACGAAUGCGGUGGGAAUUUGGACACAACGAACUGUGACUUCGAGGAUGUAAAAAAUGAUUUGAGCAUCAACACUAACAAAAUUUUACCUGGUCGAAGUCGUUAUGGCAGGACCAUAAAACCUAAGUCUCCCAAAAAUGAGGUUGCCAGCUCGCCAAAGAAUUCCAAAGUGCCAAAGAAUCAGUAUCAAAAUUUAUUUGAUAGUACUAAUGGUAGGAUACAUGAAAAUAAUGUAUCUAAUGACGCAGAGGACACAAGCAAUUCCUCAACCAGUUUAAGCAUAUUGGAAGAAACUACACCAAAGUUGGUUGAUCCUCCUGUGGACUGCAGCUGGAUAUUAGGUCAAUUAGCAUGGGCACGAGUUGGUAAUUUUCCCUUCUGGCCUUGCGUGAUAACAUUAGACCCUGUCUCGAGAGUAUACUACAAAUAUAGAGCUACUGGCAGGUCACAGUUGCUAAUGAUACAUGUCCGAUACUUCGGCGACAAAGGGCGUCAUAGUUGGGUUUCAUCGAAUUACAUGAUUCCAUAUACAAGUCUAGAAGACUUUCAAAAAUUAUCAGAUUCAAUAACCGCAGAAGUAAGAAAAAAAGAUGCAAGAUAUGCAGGGGCAUUUGUCAUUAAAUCUGGUAUGAAGUCUAAGUGGGAAAGCGCGAUUGCGGAAGCUACGGAAGUUCAAGCAAUGAACAUUGAUGAACGUGUUGAACUUUUUAAACCGAAACCAAAACAUUCAAGAAAUAGAUCACCUAAAGUAUCGAGUGAAAAGGAUAAGAUUGGUAAAAGAAAAAGUUCAAGUGAUUCGAGUGGACCCGAUUCUAAACGAGCUAGACAAGACAAUGUAGACGAACUGGAUAAAUCGUCACAAGACAAAACGGACAGGGUUAGGUCAAGAAUAUCGAAACACAUUGAAAACGGUAAAAGCCAUUCAGAUACUCCUCCGUUGUCUCCUUUAAAUCAGAAAGACUCUAACGAUGAGAACUCUGUUACGCAAAAAGAGCAUAAACUCGAAGAGAGCGCGGAUGGUGUAUUUGAAGUGUAUUAUGAACGUACCAGAGACAUGAUGGAAGACGCAUACCCGGAUGCAUCAGAGAAUGAUAUUAAAAAAUAUUUGAAGAAAACUUGGGACACUAUGAGUGCUACUUUUCGAAAAAAAUAUCGGCCGUAUCAGGCGUCAGACAGUAACAGUGCCAGUACAAAAGAAAAUUUAUCAGAUCAUGAGGACGAAUUAUCAAUAGAUUUAGAUACGGCUAUUAAGGAUAAUAAUAAAAAAUCAAAACUCAAGCCUGAGAAAGAUGAAACUGGCAUUUCAGAAACAAAAAGGAGUAGACCUUACAAUCUCUUCAAAGGAAUGAAACAAGAAAAAGUUUGUCAAAUAUGUGAAAAAACUGGGAAGUUGACUAGAUGUAAAGGUCCUUGUUAUUCGUAUUUCCAUCUUUCUUGUGUGAAACCAGGAGAAUCUAGUCCGGAACAUUCCAUUGAUGAGAAUACUAUGGAUGAUAAGAUUCUAGACGAUAUUAAAGACAUUAAACAAAGUAUUGCUGAUGAAGAUGAGAGCAAUGGUAAAAUUAGUGUUGUAGAAUGUAAAACGGAGGAGCAAGAAGAUGAACAGUUUAAAUGUAUCGAUUGUUUGUCGGGUGUCGCACCUGCUUGCUUUAUAUGUAACGAAAGGGAAGGUGAUAGAAUAAGGUGCUCUGUGUUGGCCUGUGGAAAACAUUACCACUCGUCCUGUCUGAUGUCGUGGCCUCAAUCUCAUUGGCAAGGCGGCCGUUUAACGUGUCCAUAUCAUGUAUGUCAUACAUGCAGUUCAGAUAAUCCUCAAGACAGCCAUUCGAGAGCUCCAAGUGAACGAUCGGCACGAUGUGUUCGUUGUCCUUCGUCUUACCAUACGUCUAUAACUUGCUUACCCGCUGGUUCAGUAAUUUUAACCGGCAGUCAAAUAGUUUGUCCGAAGCAUUACAAAGCACCGCAGCCUCCGGUGAAUGCGGCAUGGUGUUUUCUAUGUACAAAAGGUGGAAGUCUUAUUUGCUGCGACACGUGUCCGACGUCAUUUCAUCUUGAAUGCUUGGGAAUUGAUGCUCCAGACGGUGCAUUUAUUUGUGAAGAUUGUGAAACUGGUAGGUUGCCUUUGUACGGAGAAGUUGUGUGGGUCAAACUUGGUAAUUAUCGUUGGUGGCCAUCCCGUAUUUGUUAUCCUCAUGAAAUUCCUGAAAACGUAGAAGCUGUACCUCACAGCCCCGGUAAAUUUUGUGUCAUGUUCUUGGGAUCAAAUAACUACCAUUGGGUCCAUAGAGGACGUGCUUUUCUUUAUCAAGACGGUGAUGCAAAUAUAAAACCACCAAUAGGUAGAAAAAAUAGGGACGGUAGUUAUCGUAGAGCUUUGCAAGAAGCCAGUCAACUUCACCAGCGUUUAAAAAUUGAAAGAGCUACGUCGAAAGAUAAUGGCUCAAGAGAAUUGAAGCCUGCACCUUACGUUAAAGUAAAGGUGAACAAACCGGUUGGCAAUGUGAAACCAACUGAAGUGGAAAGUAUCGUCGCGUGUGACUGUGACGCGGAAUGGGACAAUCCAUGUGCACCAGGAACAGACUGCCUUAACAGAAUAUUAUUAGUUGAAUGUAGUCCUGGUAUUUGUCCAGCUGGUCCCAAGUGUAACAAUCAGGCGUUUGUACGAAGACAAUAUCCAGCUAUGGAACCAUUUCAUACUGCAGGACGUGGUUGGGGUCUUAGAAGUUUAGAAUCAAUUAAAACUGGACAGUUUGUAAUCGAAUAUGUUGGCGAAGUUAUAGACGAGGCUGAAUAUAAACGAAGAUUACGUAGGAAAAAGGAGUUAAAAAAUGAGAAUUUUUACUUUUUAACUAUAGAUAAUAAUAGAACGAUCGAUGCGGAACCAAAAGGCAAUUUAAGUCGUUUUAUGAAUCAUUCGUGUUCGCCUAACUGCGAGACACAAAAAUGGACAGUGAACGGGGACACGCGCAUAGGUCUCUUUGCAUUAUGCGAUAUUGAGCCUGGCGAAGAACUGACUUUCAAUUAUAAUUUAGCUUCCGAUGGAGAAACUCGUAAAGCUUGUUUGUGUGGUGCGUCAAAUUGUAGCGGGUUUAUAGGUUUAAAAGUACAAAAGCAACAAGUAACGACACCGAUUCAGCAGAAAAAGCUUGAAAAAAUCGACAAAAUUAAACUUCAAAAAAGAUCGAGAAGACGUAUGUUAUGUUGGAAAUGCGGGAAACCGAUUGAACAGUUAGAAGCAUUCGUAGUUUGCGACCAAAAGACAUGCGGUAAGAAGUAUCAUAAAGAUUGCGUGAUCGUCGACGAUGCUGAUUCAAGAUUCAGUUGCCCUUGGCAUCACUGCAAAGAGUGUGGUCGUAGAACGUCCGCGCAUUGCUCCUUUUGUUGUGCCGCUUUUUGUCAAGUGCAUUUAGAUGGGAACCUAUUUGAACAGAGCGAAAGAAAUGGUUUUGUUUGCAAGUUUCACGAAAGUAUGGAUAUGCAAAGAACGUUGCCCGAAGACGAGAAAGAUUAUUCGGACAACGAUACUGAAACAGACAAAGAAUAUUCUUCUACACGAUCCAACAGUCCAUUGAUAACUAUGGAAAAAUCAGUUCCCCGGGAACCGUCGCCGAGGGUCUCUAUAAUAGAGCAUCCUCUCCAUGUGAUUGGCAAUAGUGAGAAGUAGUAACAAACACUGUACUGUUUAAGUUUGUUCGUUCAAGUGAGUGUAUAUUUUUGAUAUUAUCUCUGGACUUCUAACUUGUAAUUCGAUAAUAGAGUAAGAUAUAAAAGCUAUUUUUAUAACCAUAACAAAUAUCUUCUAAAUAUUUUUAAUUUCGCAUAUUAAUCGGUGAGUAAAUUUCUUCCGAGGGCAUAUCUGAUCUAAAUUUUGUUAAUCCAUGUGUACAUAUCAUUAUCAUUAAAUUAGGAUAUUUGAUUCACUCUCGUGUUGUACAUCAUUUUAGAACUAAUUAGUUUAACAUAAAGUAUCGUAUCUCGUAUGGGUAUUUGUGGACAGUAGUAUAUUUUUCGAAUGUAGUCGUCAUAGGUACAUCCAUUUUCUGUUACGCACACCAUUCAAAUAGCAUAAUUUUCGCAACAUAAAAUUAAAUAAUACACUACGUUUUCUAGGUUCAUCCAAGCAGCGAAGAGAGCGAGGAGUCUCAGAAAGAAGAUGAGGAAGAAGCAAUAGCGCAUGUUGAUUUGUCUUGUGAAUAUAAUUCG